CGUCUCACUGGCCAAUGGUGAGCGCGGAGGGGCCGGAUUGGUGUGCACUCCCGAUGCCCCUUCUUUUAAAAAGCUCCUCGCCUGCGACUCGGCAACUCAGCUCGCAGGAGGAACGAGCAGCAUCGCUCACACCUGACUCGACCCGAGUGGCGCCCCCCCGCCGCCCCCUCAGCACCGACGCCAACACGCAACCCUUUUCUUUCAAUCUUCACUUAUUUUCGUUUUCACUAAAUAUAUACGUUGAGUCUUCGGAGGAUCAGAGAAACGCGACCGGCCCUGUGGGACCGAAGGUGUGGGACCAUGUUGGGAUUAAAUAAGGUGGCUCUCCUGCUGUCUGUCCUGGCUUCAGUGGCCCUGGGCCAAGGACUUGUGAGGACCAGGAGCCCGUCAGACAGGACCAGGAGAGUGGCCCUCAACACGUUCACCGACGCGCAGGCAGCAGGCGUGACAGAGUGGACGUCCUGGUUCAACAUCGACCAUCCUGGAGGCAACGGAGACUACGAGCGCCUGGAGGCGAUCCGUUUCUACUACAGGGAGCGGGUCUGCGCCCGGCCCACGGCCAUGGAGGCCCGCACCACCGACUGGGUGGCAGCGGCGGACACCGGGGAGGUGGUGCACUCCAGUCUGGAGAAAGGCUUCUGGUGCAUCAACAGGGAGCAGGGCCGGGGCCGCGUCUGCUCCAACUACCACGUGCGCUUCCAGUGUCCCCCGGUGCAGAGCUACUGGGCCGAUUGGAGCGAGUGGGGUGCCUGUUCAACGACGGUCUGCGACGACGUGGGCAUCAAGGUGCGCCAGAGGAAGUGCGUGAACACCCAGCCCAUGCCUCUCCUGCUGGUGCCGGCGUGCCUCGGGCACCACUCGGAAAGGAGGGAGUGCUCCAACCCGCCGUGCACCGCCAAGUGGGGUCCGUGGGGUCGGUGGGGCGCGUGUUCGGCGACCUGUGGUGUCGGACGCAGGGUCAGGAGAAGGACCUGUGUGAGGACCUCGGGGACGGUCCGCUGCACCGGGCGGCCCGUGGAAAUACAGAAGUGCGGGAAGAGCCCGUGCCCAGCCAAAUGUCAGCUUGUGUGCGUGGAGGGCCGCCCCAGCGAGGACUGCAGCCGGUGCACGUGUGACGACCACGUGCUGCACGGGGAGGUGCGCGCGGUGACCGGCGUCCCCGUGGCGGAAGCCUGGGUGGCACUGGACAGCCAGCCCAAGGUGAUCCGUGCCCUUACUGAUGCCAAAGGCCAGUUCAGGCUCGAGGGAAUCUGCUCCUCCAGCUCCACCUUGAUCUCCAUCCGGAAGGAGAAGUUCACCCCGGUCACGGUCUCCACCUCCAGUAACGGCACGGCGUGGUCCUGGGUGCGGGCCGUCCUCAGAUCAGCCGAGAAGCCGUACAUUGUGAAGCACCCCGAGGACAAAGUGCGCCCCGAGGGAGGAAGGGUGAUGUUCUGCUGCAAGGCAACGGGAUCACCAGCACCUGACAAAUACUACUGGUACCACAAUGGAACUCUGCUGGACAGGAAGCAGUACAAGUACGAAGAGGACCUCGUACUGUGGAGCCUGAAGCCGGAGCAGUCGGGGCAGUACUACUGCAAGGCCAGCAGCUCUGCAGGCAGCAUCAAAUCCUCUCCGGCCCUCCUCGCUGUAAUCGCAAAAGGAAAGCCAGCGUGCAAUUCCACCCCCGAGACGCACCUAAUCAGACUGCCGAUCGACUGCGUUCAACCCGGGACUGACUCCAUGCACUACAACGCCGGCCGCUGCCCUCACAACAAGUGCGCCGGCUCCUUGGACUUCGAUAUGCGCUGCAGGGACGACGCCGGGUUCUGCUGCGGGGUCCACGACUCGGAAAGUCGAAUCAUCGACUGCGGCAGCUACAGCCUCCCUAUCCGGGCCGUGACCCAGUGCAGCUGUAAAAAGUGUCCACAGCCCACUGUGCUGGUCCGCGGCAGAGUGGUCACAGCUGACAACGACGAGCCUCUGCGAUUUGGCCACAUCUACAUCGGCAAAGAGAGGGCGGGCACCACUGGCUACCAAGGAGGGUUCACUUUGCAAAUUCCUCCCGAUACACAGAGAUUAGUGGUCAAUUUUGUUGACCCCACUGAGAGGUUUCUCGACACUCCGAAAGUGUUCAUCCUCGAUAAGAAAGGUGGGUCCAUCUACCACAAUGUGAAGGUGAUGAGAAGGCAGACUCCAAUUGACAUAAAUGCAGGAGAUUCCAACUAUAUCAGCCUUGGGGAAAUAGAAGGCGAAGACCCCAUCGGUCAGUUGGUUAUUCCUCCCAACUCGUUCCACAAGGAUAACGGGGAAAUCUACGAGGGAACCGUGAAGGCCAGCGUCACGUUCAUUGACCCGAGAAAUAUCACCACGGCAGCGGCGGCGCCAGGUGAUCUCAACUUUGUGGACGGCGAGGGUGACAUGCUCCCUCUCAGGACCUAUGGCAUGUUCUCCGUGGACUUCAGGGAUGAGACCAACAAGGAAGUGCUUGGAGCUGGAGGUGUCCAAGUUCUGCUCGAUACGCAGCACAUCAAAAUGCCAGAGCACAUUCCCAAAAUGAAACUGUGGUCUCUAAACCCAGACACGGGAGUCUGGGAGGAGGAGAGUGACUUCGCCUACACCACCACAACCCCUGGGGGUCACGGGCGGAGCAAACGAGAGGAACGCACUUUCCUCAUAGGCAACAUGGAGAUCAGAGAACGUAGGCUCUUCAACCUAGACGUGCCUGAAAACAGACGCUGCUACGUCAAAGUACGAGCCUACAUGAGCGACAAGUUCCUAGCUAGUGAACAGCUGGAGGGCGUUGUGGUCAGCUUGAUAAAUCUAGAACCUAAACCCGGAUUUUCCUCUAAUCCUAGGGCAUGGGGCCGCUUUGACAGCGUCUUAACUGGAUCCAACGGGGCCUGUUUACCAGCUUUCUGCGAUGCUCAGAGACCCGACGCCUACACGGCUUAUGUCACUGCGAUGAUGGGUGGGGAAGAACUUGAGGCAGCUCCCUCUACCCCCAAGAUGAACCCAAACAUCAUCGGUGUGUCACAGCCUUAUCUGGAUAAGAUAGACUACCAGCGCUCCGACCACGAGGAUCCGGCUCUGAAGAAAACAGCCUUCAAGAUCAACUUGGCAAAGCCGAACCAAAAUAAUAUUGACGAGACAAAUGGGCCGAUAUAUCCGUACGCAAACUUGAUAGGUUGUGAGAAUGCCCCCAUUGAUGCAAAUCAUUUCAGAUUCUUCCGAGUGGAAAAGGACAAGUAUGAAUACAAUGUUGUUCCCUUCGAGGAGAACGAUUUGACGACCUGGACGGGCGACUACCUCUCCUGGUGGCCUAACCCCCAGGAGUUCAGAGCAUGCUUCAUUAAGGUCAAGAUCCACGGAGAGAAGGAAGUGAUGGUCAGGUCGAGGAAUCUUGGAGGAACACACCGAGAAACAAAAGGCCAACUUUAUGGCAUAAGAGACAUUCGCAGCACCCGGGACAUGCGAGAAGCCAACACCUCAGCGGCCUGUUUGGAGUUCAAGUGCAGCGGCAUGUUGUUCGAUCAAGCUGAGGUGGACCGUUCCAUCAUAGCAGUGCUUCCACAGGGGAACUGUCGCAGGAUCGGCACCAACAACCUCCUCCAGGAGUACCUCAUUAAACAUCCACCGGUCGCUCAGAACAACGAGUCCCAAGGAUUCACCAUGUUGGCACCCGUGGAUCCCUUAGGCCACAACUACGGCAUCUACACCGUCACAGACCAGAACCCCAGGGUGGCCAAGGAGAUCGCCAUCGGCCGCUGCUUUGACGGCACCUCGGACGGUUUCUCCAGGGAGAUGAAGACGGACUCUGGUGUGGGGCUGACCUUCAGCUGUCCGGAGAGGAAAGUUAACAGGGAAAGCCUUUUCCAACGCCUGCAGACGAACCCGGCUCAGACGCUGUCGCAGAUGGCGAGGAGCAUGAGGGAAUCGGAGGGUUCGCAGGCGCAGGGGUCACCCACCCGGAUGGUUGCCUACCCCUCAGAGCAGCAGGGCCGGACCCAGAGUCGAAGAGUCGCCUCUACGACCAGACGGAGAGCGCCCGUGCGCACACCGCAACGGAAAUAGAUGUUCCAAGUUCUUCCGUCAAGACCGAUAACGAUGCCGAUGAAUCAAGGGAGUAAAAGUUGCCCGUCUGUCGAGGAGUCUGAACUCCCCCAUCGAAAACCACGAAACGGAGGCAGACGGCAAUUCAGCAGAAUCAACAAGUGGUUGAAAGUAUUCAUUAGACUCACUUGAAGGGUUCGGUAUAUUCAUUUCUUCCUUCCCUCCAAAAAGACAUGCGUCAUUUGACUGCGUGUAAUGCGGUCACUAGCGUUUACUUAAUUAGCUUUGGUCUAAUUGUAUGUCUGAAUGGACUAAAUUGACAUUUGAGGAUGCGACUUUGAAAGUUACGACUUGGUGGCAUUUCAAUUCCCCACACCCCCAGCCAAUGUUUCGACGUCUCUUAACCUAGAGUUGAAACCAAACAUUUAGGGACUAAAAAUUCAUCGCCGAGCCCCAAACACUUCAUAAUUAACCAUCGUUUUCCACUGAACCUUUCUCCAAGACCAGAAAGAAAAUAAGUCCUUUUUUCUACAAACCGGGCAAAAAAGACACAUGCAGCGGAACGAGGCAUCCCACCCGGCGAACAGAGGAUGUUUUCAGUCAUGCUUCUUGAUGUUUCCCAUUAGCCUACCACUGUGCCAACGGCGAGUCAGCCAAACGUCCUUUCACACCUACUUAGAGUGUGUAAAGCCGAGGCCUUCGCCAAGGAAAGCAUGGAUCUCGAGGGCUGGCAGGAAGUCCAAAGUGAGGAUGGUCGAUUGAAACGUAUGACGUAGUUCCCUUCUGUCCUCCUCGCACAUUCCAAAUUAGCAUUACCAGAGAAACCUUUCUUAAAAUUAAACAAUCCCAAAUGUGUUUGUUUUUGUUGUUGGUUGAUGUGCUUGUGAGCUGCCUUUUUGUAUCUUGAAGUGCAAUAAUGAUAGAAUUUAACUUAAGACUUCUUAGAGAUGUAACCGACUAACACGUAAAAUCGAAAGUGCUGCUGGGAAGUGAAGCGACAACGCCUCCAGUGUGAGGCCAGGUAGCGUGGUUAACAAAUAGUUUAACUAUGUAAUCAUUCUUGAACUCUCUGAACUGCCGAGAGUCUAUUAACCUUUUUGUACUUUGCUGCAUGACUCAUUUGAUUUGUUUGUAUGUGACGUGUACAUCACAGUAAUCAUUUGUUUUACUUAAGAGAGCCAUUUUGUUACCAAAACCCACUGUAUGGAUCUUCCACAUUAGAGCGAUGAUUAAAAAGAGACACAACUGUGAAUUAAUGGCCACGUUUUGGGAAAUUCUGCUAUCAUAUUAGGUCAAUUUAGAAUGUUGAUACUAGAGAUAGUGAGACAGAUUAUUAGACAUAGAUAACAAAUCUAAGGCUAUUUUAAUUGCGGUAGGUGAUGGUAAGAAACUUCCCUCUGUGAUAAAACUGCCAAACUUGUUUAUCUGCAAAAUAUAAAAUCGCAGACCCACGGGAAGAGUUCUCCAAGCUGAACUAAUCCCAAAUCAAGUACUGUAAGGGGCACUGUGGGCCAUGGAGAAAAGCCUGCGGUUAAUUAGAAAAAUAAAUUCCAUAUCCUCCUGAGAACAAUUAAAACAGACCCUGACUUUCAUAAACUAGUUGAUUGCCAGGAUGCACAGGAUGUGGUCAACAUGCUAUUUCAACAACACCCAGGGAACUCCUUUUAAGCCUGAUUGCAUUUAUUAUUCCCCACAGGCCACAGAUUUAUUAUUUAAAUGUGCUCAAAUGUUGUCAUUGUAAAACUUUAUGUAUAAAUUAAAAAAAACAAAUAUAGAGAUGCAACGUCCUACGUCAUUUGCUGUCCCGCAUGAGAUUACAUUCUGAUUACUCAAAUAAGUAUGCCAGUUCACGAUAAACAUUUUUUUUUGUCCAUGAAAUGGACGUUUGCGAGAGUGGAUCGGUACAAAACACACGGGCAUUGUGCACCACUUUUGGGGAUGUAGCCAUCUAGCCAUUACAAACAGGAUCCUAGAAUGAUUGUCUCUCGUCGUGGUUACCGUACGUACCGCUGCCUAAACAAAGAUCCCAUUGCGCUUUCACCAAAAAACUACCGUAACCCAACAGUUGUACUCGGAUCCACAUUGAAAAAUUCCAUUCCAUGAUGAAAACCCCCCCCUAAAACUAAGUACUCCAGGGUGACGACAUGUGAUGGCAUCGCCGUUAUCUCGGCUCUAUACCGACUCAACAGUUCAGAUCCCCCUGCAGCAGAUGUAUAGCGUCCAACCUGCAUAGAAGAAAAAAGGAAAGGAUGAUUGAACCCAGGUGUUGGAAGAGAUAAGUCCCAUAGAAACGCUGCCGUCGUGACCUGUUGUGAGGUCAGCCGAGGAGGCCUGACGUCUGUAGAGCAACUAAAGGAAACGUUAAGAGCAAAGACAUCAAGAGAAAUACGAGCGAGAUUAUCAAGAGAUGGAUUUCCAUCACUUUCGGGGGACUGUUUGGUAAAGUACGGAAAGGGAAGGGGAAAAUAUUUGUGGUCUUUGGCCUCACGGUCCAUCACUUACCGAAAUCUCAGCCUUCAAAAGUGGUUGCACAUGGAAGAAUGCAGGGCCUUGCAGAGGACGCUUUGACGGGAGAAUUAGCUUUUUCACAGGGUGAAGUUAUCGGGGGAGUUUGAAGGACAAGGCAACAAUAAUAGGCCGAGUAAGCCAUGGGUCGUGCGAGGCGCUGCAGGGGAAAGUAAGCGGGGCUCUCCAGGCAGUCACUGCGUCUUCUGGAGAAGUUUAAAUAACCUCUGCAAAGUCUUAAGGAUCAAAGAAAGUGAGUUUGAGCCUGAAUCCACCGGAUGAAACACGUGGAAAGACAAUGUUUGUCUUGUUGGGCUGGAGGUAGAAGCAGGAGUCGUUCAUCUUACACAGGAAUCAGUCAGUGUCGAUAUUGUGAAAACGGCCACAUGGAGCUUCAUGUGAUUUAGUUUUACAACCAUUUCAAAGGAAUCGUUUUGGGAAAUAAGCCUGAGCGCUUUCUUGCGGAAAGGUAGACGAGAGAAUCUGUAGUUUCGGACAGUUUCUGUCCGUUAACGACGAGGUCGCCGCCAGCAGCCGCUUAGCUUGGCGGCAUCGUCGCGGUAACGACGUCUGGGAAGUCGCUGUGAGAGAACAGUUUAUGGUCUGACAAAACAUGGUGAAUGGAUGCAGAAGGGGACAAGAUUUCCGCAGUUGACAUAUUCUGUCCAAUCACAAGGCUUGAAUUUAUGAGGAUAAAUGCUGGUUAACAUUCUGUCUGAGGAGAGCAAAGGACGUGGAACUUUUGAAAAGCUUAAGCAGAUGGUGUCUCUCUGUCACAGAGCCCCAGUGGGUGCAUGCGAUACUAAAAUAAAUUUGUCUUAAAUUAAAAAGAAGAAAUAGUCAAUCCACCAAAGGGACCAAAAACGUUUCCGGAACAAACAAAUCAGAUGAAUCCUUUUUCUCUUCUAAACAACCCUGAGAGUUCCUAAUUUAUUCAGUAGUUCAUCUUUGAACCGUUGCCACCACUUUCUGGAGUCUGCAGGGAGAGUUUGAACCUUUACCAUAAUUGUUCUCCUGAUAAUACUCUGUGAACACUCAACUAUCGCAUGGUGCUCCCCUUCUUGUUUCUCUGUGUAAAAAUUGUGCAUUGUAUUAAAUCUACUAUUAUUAUAUGAAAAAUAAAUUGUAAAUAAAAUACAUUUUGUGUAAACUCCUGA